AUGAAGUACUCAAAACUCUCACUUGCUUUCGCCAUACUUACCGUCGGUGCCGCCGCCGCCCCACCCAUCGUUCGCCCAGACGGAGACCGCGGCACUUACGUGGUCUGCUACGACCCUAGAGACCCCAGAGUACCGCUGUUACAAAACGAGCCGCACGUCAAUAAGUGGACUGAUGAAGAGACCGGCAAUCUCUGCUUCGCUCUGGCGGCAGGAGUACAGGGAAAUCCUGUAGAGGCAUGCAAGGGUCCCAAGGCCGACAUGUACCCAGAUCACAUACUCUGCCUCGCCGCGGGUCAUAAACACCCCAGCAAGGGGGAUUCGUGUGAAGUUACAAAACAAGCCAGGAUUAGGAAGAACUUGGAGGCGCUUGCGGCCAUCAAAGGCCCUUAG